AUGUGGAAACUCGGCUGUCUAGCGCGUAGUUUCCGAGCGAUUCCGAGGAUUUGCGAAACAGCUGACAAUGACAAGCGUUUUGGAAUGUGAACGCGAGUGGAAAAAUCGUCGCCAACGUUGAAAAUACCAGGAAACAUUUGCUCGCGGUGUUUUCACGCGAGACAAUCGAAAGAUUCGCGUGGCUAUGAUUGUUGAUCGCCGAUUUAAAAUCCAUCAAUUAGAAUCCGUGCGUGUGCGUAUGUCAGAAAUGCGUUGUUUCUCUUAAUCACUUAACCUACUUCCACGGACACGCGAUUCGCGCGAUAAUAACGCGCGCGUCUGGCACGCGUACGCGUUCGCUAUCGCUGCGAUGACUUCAUCGCCGCGCGAGAGUACUUCCUUGUUUUCCAUUCGGGUCAGUAUCAACGCGAAGGACCGUACGACUCGCUGUAGUACAUGAUCGCGACUUAUAUAGUAUUUUUCGCAUAAGGACGCGGUCAUCUCCGGAGGCUCGGUUCGACUCCGGGUGAUCCUCCUUGUCUUCCCCCCCCCGAACUGCGACCGCGAAGAUGCUUCAGCGACGAAAUCGCGGCAGAAGACGUGUUUUUGCUGUGACGUAUUGUGCUGCUGGUAGUAGUGCGCAAAAUGAACUCGCUACUGAAGACGGUCCAUUCUCUGGCCAGCAACAAGCGAAACCUGUUGGUCAGGGAUUCUCUGCAGAAGCAGCUCAACACGAGCGUCAUGGAGAUGCAGAGCGCUCCAGGAGUCGAGAGCGCGGUAGGCGACUGCGACGAGACGAUGACCCUGUGCUCCGUGUUGGAGGCUGUGUUUCUGCACGGUCUCAAGGACAGCUUGUUGAAUCGCGUGACCGAGGCUCUCAGCGGUCCGGACUUCGAUGCCAUGCCGCAACCAAGCUUCUGGGGACCUCUGCUUGUGUUCUCUCAUCGCCAGAUCAUAGAUCAGAUACAAGGAUUGAGCCAAGUCACGACGGAAGUUGGCUACUGUCGCGCCUGGAUACGACUGGCGCUGAACGAGGGUAUGUUAGCUAGCUACUUUUGUUCCAUCAGGCGAAACAAUUCGGGUCUGAAGCCAUACUACAAUCGUUCAGCCUACAUCAGAGACGUGGAUUUGGUCGAGGUCGCUCAGAGACUGAUAGAGAGUUUGGACUACGUGCAAUUUGAGCUGGCUUGCAACAGCAGUCUCCUGAAUUUCUGGUCCUCGACUCCUCUGCUCAUAGCUGGCAUUUGGUCGCCGCCGAUGAAAUCGUGCCCCGUGUUCAGCGCGGUAGACAUAGCGAAGACGAUAACCACCGAGUUGACCGACAACGACAACUUCGACGAGGUGGAGACUGCGAGUUCCAUCGGCAGUUCCAUCGGCAUAGGAUCGUUUAAUUCGUCGCAGUCUGUGUUCAACAACGUGGCGUCUAUCACGGAAGACGAGGCGCUAAAGAUCAUUCUGGCCAACGAGAGGUCUUCUGAUAUCGUUAACAAUUCCACUGACGCGAGAGCAAGCAACAACACACAGGACAACAAUGUCACGCAACAGUUGCAUAAGAAUACCGCAGAUAAUAAGUCUGAAAAGAAGACUCCGGAGGAAGAUAAGAAAGAGAUAAAAGAGGUGCAACAAAUGUCAAAUGGCAGUGCGGAAAAAAGAAGUGCAGAUAAUGAUGUUGCGGAGAACCGACCGUUGCAAGAUGCUUCAAUGAACAACAGAGUCAUUCACGACGCGGCCGCUACCACCGUGGGAAAUUCUCUGAUAGGAAAACUGGGAUGGUCAACGUCGUUCGAGGAUUGCCAGUCUUCUCUGACUUCAUCUGUGAUAUCUCACGAAUCGGGCGCGUCUUGUGUAACACCUGGCGACGGUCCCACUUACGACGCGCUCAUACAGAGUUACCAAACCGCGGGAAAUAGUUCGGUAUCGGAUCUGAAGGAAUUUCUCAACAAAUAUCCAAAGAAAGUGACUGUCGAAGAAGGAUCUAAGGCUCAGGUCGAACCAAAGGUUGUGAUAAACUUCGAGGAGCAAUUGGGUAAUAUCCCGAGAGAAAAAGGUUUGGACGCGCAGAACUACAGUUGUCUCGAGUGCGGUCACGCAAUCGGCAUGACCUUCUCGAAAGCGCACGUGUGCUCGUAUUCGGGCGGUUAUUAUUGCGCAAAGUGCAUGGCGGAAGGACAGUACAUUAUACCGUCGCGCAUGAUUCACAACUGGGAUCUGAAACAAUACUCCGUUUCCCAAAAAGCCGCCUCGUAUCUGGAGAACAAACCGGCACUGCUGGAUCUCAAAAUCUUGAAUCCAAAGAUUUACAUGGCCGUGGACACUAUGGCUCAGUUGCAGUCGUUGCGGAUACAGUUGAAUUUGCUGAGAGCGUAUUUGUUCACGUGUCGCGAGCCCAUCAUCGAGUCCCUGCAGAAAAAGGUCGCUCCCCGGGACUACCUCUACGAACACGUUCAUCAAUAUUCCGUGUCAGAUCUUCUCGAUAUACCCAAUGGGAUUCUCACGCAGCAACUGCAAAAGGUUGUUGAAUUUGCGAGGGAUCACGUUGUGAAUUGUUGGCUUUGCAGUCAGAAAGGUUUUAUAUGCGAGAUGUGCAACAAUCCGAAGGUCAUCUAUCCUUUUGAAAUGGAGUCUACUUUUCGAUGUGGCGCGUGUAACGCCGUAUUUCACGCCGACUGUUUGAACGCCAACAAACCGUGUCCGAAAUGCGAACGUAGACGCAAACGGAUGGACAUGCCUCUUUUAGAUAUGGGAUGUACAGAUUUACCAAGUAGCGUAUCGUCGUCGCCGAUCGAUGCAAAUUAAAAAAAAAUAUAUAUAUAUAUAUCUCAUUGUAUGAUUUGUUAAUACUGACAACACAGUUUAUCAUGUUUUAACGCUUAAGCAGUAUUGUUGUUUGUAUAAUUUGCAUUCCGAAAAAUCCAUCUUUGAUACACGUGAUAAUUCGUCGUAUUUGCGAAUACCGUCUAUGCUUGUUUUUUGUGUAAAUAUUUUAUAUAUAUAUAUAGACGUUUAUUAUAUCUAUAAAUAUAUUACGAUGCUGUGCAUAAGAAAUGUAUGGAAGAGAGUAUAUCUUUUUACGUAUAUUUUUCGUGGGUUCGAAAUAUUAUAAUAUCAUUCACAAACUCAUACUACGGAGAAUGGAAAAGAAAAAAAAAUUUACUCUAUAUUUGUACACACAUAUACACACACACGUACACACACAGACUGCAACUUUCCAUACAAGACACGUAUUAUUAUUAUUAUUAUCGUAUGAUACAAACGAUUUAUUAUAUAAGUUCAUAUGUACAAAAGUAGUAAAAUAUACGAAAUCGUUUACCAUCUCUUUCUUACAGCUAUUUGUCGUAUUUAAUACUGCGUUGCUUUAUUUAUAUAUAUAUGUAAUUUAAUAAAAUUGACGUGCUUGGUAAAAUUGAAUUUACUAGAUUUACACGUACCGUAGUGUGCGGCGCGUGUCUUUUGAGAGACCUAUUUCGUACAAGAAUUUUGUUUGAGUUAAUUAGCGAACAAUUUCUCUUUCUUGCGUUCUCAUCAAAAUUUAUACAACAGAUCGUACGUUAUAAUUUAUAUGCGUAACAAAAUGUUUUCGCGACGUAAGGCACGUUUCUUUGUUUCUCCAACGUUGUCUAACGAUUUUGCCCGAUCUUUACAGUUACAAAUAAAACUAGAGAGCUCUACAAAUGUAUAUAUAUAUAUAUAUAUGUAUAUAUAUGUAUGUAUGUAUAUAUAUAUAUAUAUAUAGAAUGUGUUAAUAUUAUUUUCUCCAGGUACGCCUGUCAGAACGUAUCGUAAUUAGCAUGUAAACGAUAAAAAAAAAAAAACUAAUUACGAAAUUAUAAUAAAAAAAAAAAAA